AUGCUGCUUUGAAUACUGUCUGAAAGAGAUCAAUGAUGAAAAGUUUACGGAGGAAAUAAAUGCACUUGUUCAGAUCAUUAGCCACUGGUCCUUUGUCGCCACAUGAUUUGCUACAAGCUGUUCAUAAGCUUUACUUUAUAGAAAUGACAAAUAAAGAAGUCUUGGAAAAAAUUGAUAAUGGCCAAGACUUGACACAUGGAAAGCUUGACACACUUAUUGAAAAGGUUGACAGACUUGAUUCUCGUUUGCCAUCUGGAGCUUCUGUGGACAUUCCAGGUAUUGGAAUUGUGAUUGACGUAAAAAAUUGUAGUGCAGAAAAAAAAAAAGAAGUUUUAGAUAUUUUAGAGAAAAACUUCAUCAAGGCUAUCGAACAGAAAGUAUCAAGUCUAGAAGAAAGUCUUCCAAAGGGUGUUCUGCAUACAUUACGGGAAAGCAGUUGCACAAAGACACAUCAGUUGUGGAUGGAAAUUCCACAGUGGAAGAAGAAACCAAAAGAACUUCAGUGUAGUCCCUUCAACAUUCAAAGGUGGAAGAAGAAAACUGAAACUAGACAACAAAGAAGAACGACAGCACUUUCUGAAGAAGAGGAUACAUCUAACCCUUGUCUAAGAAGAGAUUCACAACUAAUCUCUGACGAAUCUACACUUAUCUUCCAAGAUCCUGUAGUAAAAACAACGGGGAAAGUAACUCAGACAUCAUUUCAUGAAGGGGAUAUGCAAAUAAUAAAGAAAAUCAGAUGCUUACCGGAUAAGCUACAGGAAUUUUCAAGAAAUAUAAAUGAUCCAGACACAAAAACUGACAUAUAUAUACUUAACCAGAAAGCAGAGGGUGUUUGUAAUUGCGUAACCAAUGCGUUUACAGUAACCGGAAGUGCUGUGUUAAAGGAAAAGAAAAAGAUUUCACGAGUGCCUUGUCCCAGCAGAGUGGAUAUUGAAAGAUUGUCACAAACGUUACUUGCGUUUAAGCGUAACCUUCGUACUUGCACAGGCGAAAUAGUUUCUUUGAAGUCGAAAAUCCAUAAUUUUAUUGGUGCCAAUCGUUGUACGAUAAAAUUAAAAGAAGAUGAAAUCAAAGAAGCUAGGUUUGAAAUAAAUAUAUUAGAUAUGCUUCAAUUGACCGAAAAAGAACUAUCGAAAUACGAGGAUGAAGCUAACAAUAAGGAACGUGGUGCUGUUGACCUCGAAAUCCGAGCACGUAAUCUUCGACGAAUAUCAGGGGCAUUUAACAUAAAGGCAUCAUUAUGGGGCACUGCAUCUGCUUUUGUAGGAAUAUUGAUUGAACCAUUUUCAUGUAUAAAGUAUAGUCAUGACAGAUAA